GUGUGAUGUGUUUGUGUUAAGUACAUUUUUUAUGAUGUGACAGUGAUUGUUGUUGAUAAUAUUGUUUGGAAUACAAGUUAACGCAAAAGUGAAUAAUAAAUUUUUUUCACUUAUAAAUAACAAAUUAUUGAGCGAAGACAAACAAAAUAUUUAGAGCAAUGGACGAAAUACGAUUUAAAGAAGCCGACAAAGUAAAAAAGAAGCAUCCCAUAGAAAGAGCUAACAUUAUAUCACGUUUAUUUUUUUGCUACUUAAUACCAUAUUUUGUGAAAUGAUUCAAAAGGGAACUCAACGAAGAUGAUAUGUACGGAGCUCUUAAAUCAUACGAAGCCAUACCACUAGGGGAUAAACUUGAGAGUGCCUGGAAUUACGAAAUUAGUAACAAGAAGGAACCAUCACUUUGGAGAGCUAUACUUAAAGUAUUUAAAAAGGAAAUAUUUCUAUAUGGAAUAUAUAACUGUUUCAUUGAAUUAGUUGUAAGGUUAUCCCAACCUUUGUUACUGACGCAGCUUCUUAAAUAUUAUGAACCAAAUCAAACUGCAGUUACUAGGAAUGAAGCAUAUUUGUAUUCGGGUCUUAUUAUCGCAGCGAGCUUGUUGAACGUUUUGUGCAUUCAUACUUAUAUGUACUUCGUCCUUCUUUUGGGAAUGAAGCUAAGAGUAGCCGCUUGCUCACUGAUCUACAGAAAAGCACUUAAACUUAGCAAUACUGCCCUAGCCGAAACGACAAUUGGACAGAUGGUAAACCUACUGUCGAACGAUGUCAGUAGAUUUGAUUUUGCAAUGAUACAUUUCCAUGGUCUAUGGGUGGCACCGAUAGAAACAAUCAUUGUUAUGGUGCUGAUAUAUAUCAAUGUUGGACCGACAGGAUUAGUGGGACCUGUGUUUCUCUUGCUAUUCAUUCCCUUUGAAAUGUAUAUGGGAAAAAAGACCUCUGAAUAUAGAUUUAAAACUGCCGUGAGGACUGAUGAGAGAGUGCGUUUAAUGAACGAAAUCAUCUCAGGAAUCCAAGUUAUUAAAAUGUAUACCUGGGAAAAGCCUUUUGCCAAACUUGUACAGAUCACUCGAAUGAAAGAAAUGAAACAGAUUCGAGCAACUUCCAUUAUACGAGCCUUUACGAUGUCUUGUAAUUUAAUGUUACAGACAGUUGCCACAUUUUUGUGCAUCAUCACUUAUGUUUUAACAGGAAACACAGUCAAUGCCUCAUUUGUAUAUACUGUGACUUCAUUCUAUGGACUUUUAAAGUUUGUUGUAAUAAUGCUUUUCCCUCAAGCUGUUACGCAGUUUGCAGAGACUAAUGUUUCUGUGAGGAGAAUCAGAGAAUUUUUGUUAUACGACGAAAUACAUAAAAUCGAUAACGUUCAGUAUCAGGAGAAAUAUGAAAAUGGCACAAAUGGAACAUUGUGGAUAAAUAAAAAAGAUAAAGCUGUUGGCAUACAUAUGAAAAAUGCCUCAGUCAAAUGGAUUCAAUCCUCACCUGAAAACACUUUGGAAAAUAUAAAUUUCGAUGGUAGUUCUAAUGAACUUAUAGCAGUGGUGGGUACGGUUGGAGGAGGUAAAACUACUCUCCUUCAUGCAAUUUUAAAGGAGCUACCAGUGCAAGAUGGCUUGAUAGAUGUCCAAGGAGUUAUAUCAUAUGCUUCGCAAGAACCGUGGUUGUUUGGAGGUAGUGUUAGACAAAAUAUUGUAUUUGGACAAGACUUCGAUCAGAAAAAGUAUGAAGAAGUGGUCAGAGUGUGUGCUUUACAAAGAGACUUUACGCUUUUCCCUCAUGGAGAUCGAACUUUAGUUGGAGACAGAGGCGUUACUUUAAGUGGGGGUCAAAGGGCUAGAAUCAAUCUAGCUAGAGCUAUUUACAAAGAGGCAGACAUAUAUUUACUAGAUGAUCCUUUGUCUGCUGUUGACACCCAUGUUGGAAAGCAAUUAUUUGACAACUGCGUGUGUGGGUAUUUAAAAGAUAAAUGUGUGAUACUUGUAACCCAUCAAAUUCAGUACCUGAGAAAUGUAAAUAAAAUUUAUUUAUUGGAGAAAGGUAGAAUCACAGCUUCGGGUACUUAUUCAGAACUUAAGACAACCGAAACUGAGUUUACAAAACUGUUAACUGACAGCGCAGAACAAGAAGAAGAAGAAAAUAACUCUAAAAGGAAAUCAAAACUUUUGAACCAAAAAGAGGAUAAUGAUGAUCAAGAAGCACCCACAUUAGAAAAAGAGGAGCGAGGCUCUGGAAUUAUAUCUUGGUCUGUCUAUAAAAGUUACUUAAAAGCUGGAGGUAGCUGGUUCAAAACAAUUCUCUUGUGUCUCGCCUUUAUCGUUUCGCAAGCUGUUGCUAGUUUAACUGAUUAUUUUAUUUCGGUUUGGUCCAAUAUCGAACAGUGGCGAAAUGAACACAGUGUAAGCGGUGCACUGGAAAAUGGUACUGAUCUUAACCCUACAAUUAAUGUUACUGCGGGGUCUGAACUAACGUCUCAGUACUUCUUAAGUGACAUUCUGACUGAAAGAAACUGUACAAUUAUUUAUACUUCUCUAGUAUGUCUUACAGUGGUACUAACAGUGACAAGAUCAAUAUCUUUCUUUAGAUAUUGUAUGACAGCAUCAACGAAUCUGCAUAAUAAGAUGUUUGAAAAGAUAGUAUAUGCCACUAUGAGAUUUUUCAAUACUAACCCACCAGGAAGGAUUUUAAACAGAUUUUCCAAGGACAUUGGCGCUGUAGACGAAAUGUUACCGCUUACUAUUGUGGACACUGUACAGAUUGGCAUAAUAGUACUUGGUAUAUCUAUAGUUGUUGGUUCAUUAAAUCCAUGGAUCUUUCUGCCAACGGUUAUAAUUCUUGUCAUCUUCUAUCUUAUCAGAAUAGUAUUUUUGGCAACCAGUAGAGACAUCAAACGUGUAGAAGCUGUGACUCGUAGUCCAAUCUACACGCAUUUGUCUGCAUCACUACAAGGACUUACCACAAUUAGAGCUUUUGGAGCACAGGAGGUACUGAAAGUGGAAUUUGACAACUAUCAAGACAAGUAUAGUGCAGCAUACUUUAUGUUUCUGUGUGCUAACAGGACAUUUGGGUUCUGGUUGGACAUACACUGCGUUAUUUACACAGCAUUAGUUAUUGUCAGUAUUCUGUUUAUUGAAAGUGAAAUAUUUGCUGGUAAUGUUGGUCUAGCUUUGACACAGUCGAUAGGUCUCAUGGGAAUGUUCCAAUGGGGAAUGAGGCAAUGGAGUGAACUCGAAAAUCAGAUGACGUCAGUAGAAAGAAUCCAGGAAUAUACAAACAUAACACCGGAAGCAGAUAAAAAAUCUAUAGAUCCACCUAAACUUUGGCCGGAAAAAGGUGAAAUCAAAUUUGUUAAGUUGUGUCUCAGAUAUUCCCCCUAUGAUCCUUACGUACUUAAAGAUCUUACGUUUGAAAUUAAACCCAAAGAAAAAGUGGGUAUUGUUGGAAGAACUGGUGCAGGAAAAUCGUCAUUGAUUGUGGCGUUAUUCCGAUUAUCUGAAACGGAUGGUACAAUUAGAAUAGAUAAUGUAAAUACCAAAGAGGUACCUUUAAAUGUUCUUAGAUCAAAAUUGUCUAUUAUACCCCAAGAGCCAGUAUUGUUUUCUGGAACUCUGAGAAAGAAUUUGGACCCCUUCGAUGAAUAUAACGAUGAAGUAUUAUGGAAUGCUCUUGAUGAGGUAGAAUUAAAAAAAGCUAUUUCUGAGCUAUCAGCAGGACUAGAUAGCAGAAUAUCAGAAGGAGGAUCCAAUUUCAGUGUGGGACAACGACAGUUAUUAUGUUUAGCUAGAGCUGUGAUUCGUAACAAUAAAAUAUUAGUCAUGGAUGAGGCAACGGCCAACGUAGAUCCUCAUACAGAUGGAUUAAUUCAAUCUACCAUUCGGAGAAAAUUUGCCGACUGUACAGUACUAACUAUAGCGCAUAGGCUUCACACUAUCAUGGAUUCAGAUAAGGUUCUUGUAAUGGACUCGGGAAGGGUUGCUGAAUUCGAUCAUCCACACACCCUUUUACAAAAUGCCAGUGGCGUUUUCACUGGGUUGGUGAUGCAGACUGGCAAGGCAAUGGCGGAAAAUUUGAUGUCUAUAGCAGAACAAAAUUUUAGAUCUAGUUUAGCAAAUUAAAUACAAAUUAAUAAACAAACCUAUAUGAAUAUAUUUAUUUAUUAUAGAAAAUAAAGUUUUAUUUUUAUAAA